CACCUGUCGUGCCCUUCACGUUCAAGAUGGUGGUCUUGAGUGUCCUUAGGCCCUCUAUGCAGGGGGGCCGUUCGCUAUUUUUGAGGGCCUGUACUCGGGCACAACUACUUGCAAACACAUCCAAGACACCAACUACAGUUGUAGUCCGGCAGAUGGGAGACCAUAAGAAGACCUUGGAAGUUGUACCUUCCCGCUUUGAGUGGGAGCGAUGGAAGGAUGACAUGCAUUUCUUCAUUGUUAUUGGCAUGGUACCAAUGUUGGCGCUGAUCUUCUAUGCCAAUGUCUUCAUAGGGCCAGCUGAGCUCUCCGACGUCCCUGAAGACUAUGAACCCAAACACUGGGAAUACCAUAAGAGUCCUAUAGUACGUUUCUUGGCUAAGCACGUCUACGAAUCACCAGAGCAGAGAUACGAGAGAACGCUUCAUGUUUUACAUGAUCAGAAUGAGAAAAGAAAAUUCAAGCUUCUUGACCAGAAAGUUAAGGAUCUCAUGAGCUCCCGCCAGGACUACAAGGGCUGGUACUAUGUACCCAUGGAUAAAUCCCGUAUCGACCGUGCCAAGGAGGCAGCAGAAUAUGACCGCAAACUACAAGGAACCAGAUAACUCACGUGAUGCUAGACAAUUACACUUAAGCCAUGGCACCUCUUCUUAUUGUCACUGUCAGGUUAUUGCUGAGGAUUCCUUGUUCCUUGGCAGUUUGAUAAACCCAAUGGUGGUUUAACAGCUGGUCAAGUCUCAUAGAAUUUAAACAUUUAGACGCAUAUGAAUGGGAAGUGUCUUCUACUUAUCUGAUCGAUACAUAUUUUUCAAAACCAAUUGGUCCAUGGCUGAAUUGUUUGUGUGUAGUUCCACCAUUACAGAGGAGGAAUCAUUUUGUGUGAAAGUGGUAGAUGUUGCUUCCUUUAAGGAAGUGGCAUUCUGUAUAUAUAUUAAACAUUUAACAAAGAAA